AUGAUUGAAGUAUUAGGCGGAUUCUGGUGUGAAAUGCAACUUUGGUAUCACUUUUAUUUACAAGAAAUGAAUCACUUCUUAUUGAUCAAAAAAUGGUAUUUUGAAAAUAAAGAAAAAUUCGAUCUAGAAAAUUUUAAUUUAGAAGAAAAUGUUGAUUAUACAUUGAACAUUGAUUUGGAUAACAAUAAUGAUGGAACAGCAAGUAUUAAAUGUAAAUGUGCCAAAUUAAUUUCAUUAGGCAAAAAUGAUAGUAAAAUCCAAGUUUCAAAUUAUUAUAAACAUUUGCAAUCAAAAGGUUGUGAUCAUAUGAAGAGGAUUGUAAAAGCUGAGAGAGAUUUAAAGUCAAUGCAGCAACAAUCAUCAAUAUCUGUUACAUCAACAUCUAUUGUGCGAACAUAUCCAUCUCAGACACAUGCACCAGUAAUACAACUUCCUGAUGUUUCACCAACUACUGUACCAACAACAUCUCGCAGUGAUUUUCCAGUAGUAUCAAAUCAAGUUACACAAAAUGGUAAAUGUCGUUUGGCAUCACAGUUACAACAGCAACAUUCAACAAAAAGAAGUGGCAUUUGA